CUUAAUUAAACAACUAUUGAAAUGAACCUAUGGUUCCUAGAACUGGAAGACAAUAAUUUGCUGGGAUGUCAGUCAAAGAUUCUUCCAGGAAAACCCUGGAAAUGGAGAGCUUCCACACAAGAUUCAGUGCCUGGACACCUUUUAGCAACAAGUCAUUAAAUAGACAGCUCUUUCAGGAAAGAGUUGCUCUCAUAAGUCAUUGGUUUGACCUCUGGACUAACAAGCAACGUGAAGAAUUCUUAUUCACGAUUUUUUUACGCUGCACUAAAUCACAAUUAAGGUUUGUCCAAGACUGGUUUUCAGAAAGGAUGCAAGUAGCCAAAGUGGACUUCUCCACAGUGUUACCACGCUUCUUGUCUCUGUAUAUCUUUUCCUUUCUGAGUCCGAAAGAUUUGUGUGCAGCUGCACAAGUCAGCUGGCCCUGGAAGUUCUUAACGGAACAGGAUUGCUUAUGGAUGCCCAAAUGCACUAAGUUUGGAUGGUUUCUGCCCUACACUCCAGCAGGUAAUGAGUACGGGGCUUGGAAGCACCACUACAUUGCUUGUGUGUCCAACUUAGAUUGGCUGACACCUAGAGAAGCUGCUGCCAUUUAUGGGACCCUGAAUGAACCCAAAACAGAAGAGGAGGAGCUGCAGGAGAGACAAAGAGAAAGGCGCCUAAGGAAAGUAAUUUGGGAGAAAAUUGCACUACGUAAGAAGGAGUUAUUCAAAUUGCGACCCCCGUGGGCGAGUGGAACGUGCUGCUCGGAACUGUUAAAAUCCAAAUGCCAGCCACGUCUCUCCCAGACUGCCAGGGGUCAAGUGGGAUUGCAGGAGGCUGUGGAGAAACAGCUUGUUCUGUCAUCCUUAGAAGCUUUGCCCAAGCGAAGCAAUGUUUCUGGAAGCCACUCCUACCCUUUACUAUCAAAGAAAAAUUGGCGAGGAGUUUAUAAAAAUGAUGACAGCUCUUCAUAUGCCUCCCAGCUACACUUCAUAUUAAUAUCAUCUCGGAUCCCUGCGUAUGAGGUGGUGGUGGACAGUGUGCGGGCGGGGAUCAUCUCCGUGGUAUAUGAGCACAGCGGCCUGACCUUGGAGAGCCUGCUUUAUCUCAUAGAGAAAGCUCUGGAUGGGCGGAAGGCACAGAGUCUGGGAGUAUUCAGCGAUGGAGACAGCAGAGAAAUCAAUUUACUCCAAGGCUACAAAAUUGGUAUUAAAAAUUUAUUGAGGCCUGAGGUGAGAGACUUCUGGGAGAAAUUAGGAAGCUAUGUGGCCCCUGAAGAAGAAGGGGGUCAUGUGGACCUCUUCGUACCACUCGGAGCAUCAGAGGCAGGGACGGAGUUUCUCUCACAGCUGUCUCGACUCAGCGGCACGUUGUUUACCGCCCCCACUGGGAUUGCAACUGGCUCCUACCAACACAUUCUCAGUGAUUGGCUGGGACGACAGUGGGAAAGAGCUCCCCCUUCCAUCUACUUCAGUGAAUCAAAGCUGCAGAUGUGGUCCAGCCUCACGGACUUCCUGGAAGACACUUUGAAAUCAGUAAGGAAACAGUUAAGUCCUCUUUUCAAGGAGUUGCAGAAGAACAUCAGUGGCAGGAUGAUAGGGCAAUUUAUAUUUGACACCAUGAGUAUGGACAACAUUCUGAAUAACCAAGGAAUUGCACAAACUUUGGCAGACGGAUUGACAGAACUUUCAAAAGAAAACUCUGAAAGAAAUGUUAUGGAAGACAAUCCUCAGGACAAAAAGUCAAGUCUCAGCCAAAGUGAUCCAAAUUUUGAGGUGCUGGUUCAGCUGGAGAGAAAGCUCCAGAUGGAUUCAGCCGAAAAGCGAACUGGAAUUGUCAGGGAGCUCUUACAGAGUGAGAGAAGGUACGUGCAGACGCUGGAAAUCGUGAGGGACGUUUAUGUAACGCCACUGAAAGCAGCACUGUCCUCAAAUCGAGCAAUUCUGAGCGCCGCAAACAUCCAGAGCAUUUUCUCUGAUAGUCUGCGGAUUUUAAGUCUCAACAGGCAGUUUCUAGGUAACCUGAGAGACAGACUACAGGAAUGGAGCCCAGCUCACUGUGUGGGAGAAAUAUUCAUAAAGUUUGGGAACCAGUUGAACACAUACACCAAUUUCUUCAACAAUUACCCUAUUGUUCUGAAAACGAUUGAGAAGUGCAGAGAAAUGAUGCCAGCGUUCCGAGCUUUCCUGAAGAGGCGUGACCACACUGUUGUGACGAACAUGCUGAGCCUUCCGGAGCUGCUUCUGUACCCAUCCCGAAGAUUUGAGGAAUAUCUUAAUCUUCUCUACGCUCUGAGGCUUCAUACCCCUGCAGAACAUGUUGACCGUGGUGACUUGACCACUGCAAUUGACCAAAUCAAACAAUAUAAAGGUUAUAUAGAUCAGAUGAAGCAAAACAUCAAUAUGAAAGAGCAGCUGUCAGACAUACAGAGAAUCAUCUGGGGAUGCCCUACUAUAUCAGAAGUAAACAGAUAUCUGAUUAGGGUCCAAGAUGUAGCCCAACUUCACUGCUGUGAUGAGGACAUAAGUUUCUCUUUAAGGCUCUAUGAACACACCCGCGAUCUCAGUCUUUUUCUCUUCAACGAUGCACUGCUCGUUUCUAGUCGGGGCACAUCUCACACUCCAUUUGAAAGGACAUCAAAAUCAACCUACCAGUUCAUUGCGUCAGUGGCCCUUCACAGGUUACUAGUAGAAGAUAUUUCAGACACCAAACAUAUCAAGAAUGCAUUUAUUCUUCAGGGUCCACAAUGUGAAUGGAUUUGUGCUACAGAGGUCGAGGAGGAUAAGUUCCUGUGGCUGUCAGUCCUCCAGAAUGCAAUCAGAAGUAGAAUGGAGACAUGAGA